AUGACAAUCGCACUGGCUGGCGGCACAAGCAGCAUUGGUCGAUCCAUCGUUGACGGCCUCACCGAACAGGGACGUAAUGACUUUAUAAUCUUUAGUCGUACUACCCAUCCUACUUUACAAACACAUGUCGUUGAUUACACAGACGUGGAUAAGUUAAUACACGAGUUGGAACAGCUGCGCAUUGAGGUGGUCAUCUCCGCGCUCUCCAUCAACGACGAGUCUAGCGGCAGAGCCCAGCUCAACUUGAUUGAGGCAGCCCGUCGCUCUCGGUGUGUGAGGCGGUUUGUCCCAAGCGAAUAUGGUGGCAUAGACUAUGCGCCAGACCCUGAAAUCCGCCAUGUCAAACCGUAUCUUUACAAAGUCGAGGCAUCCAAGGCGCUCGAGGCCAGUGGUCUUGAGUAUGCUCGCAUAUCGAACGGUUUCCUCCUUGACUAUUGGUCUGCGCCACGGCUCCCAUCUCAUCUUGGGGAGCUUUUUGUCAUGUGGGUGGACAUUCCAAACAAUUUUGCCGCCUUGCCGGGUGAUGGAAGCGCCGCGAUAGUUGUCACGCAUUCGCGGGAUGUCGGAAGGGCGGUAGCACGGCUACUGAGUCUGACUCGAUGGGAGCCGAGGUAUUGCGUUAUUGGCAACCGUCUCACGAUGAACGAGAUUGUCCAAAUGGCCGAGGAGAUCAAGGGUGAGAAGUUUUCAGUCAAUUAUGACUCUGCCGACCGGUUGCGGGAAGGACAUAUCACUCUCACACCUAGACUGCGUGAAUAUGCCGGUAAGCAAGAUGAUAGGACAAGGAAAGAAUUAACCAAGAGCUGGGCAACGACGAGUUUACGUUUGCUUGAAGGCCAUUUGGACUAUGAGUAUGAACAAAGCCUGAACAAGAUAUUUCCGGAUAUGGGAUUCAUCACCAUCCGAGACGCCAUUGAGGCUUGGAAAGAUUAG